UUCCUUCCUAUCCGACCUUUGUCAUGACACCUCUGCUUUCAAUAGUACCCAUCAAAAUAGAUAACAGAAAUGUCAGGGUGAAAAACAAAGUGGCCACAAAAUUUCAAAAUCAUCAUUACGAGCAAGAAAGCAAGAAUCGCUGGAUCAUACAAAAACAGAGAGGGCAUAAAUGUGUGGUGUGUGAACAGUUACUGUAAUACAGUGUGCUUCAGGAGGUUAAUAACAGGCCUUGUUCAGAAAUGACUGCUCCUCUAUCACUCCCCUCCCCAAAAACCCACCGAAAAUAUGGUAAAACUAUAAUCCAGCGAAGCGCUAGAAAUCAAACUCAGAGGUGAUGGCAAUAGUGGUGCAAGUUACACACUGGUAAACAGGGACUCCUCAGGAGCAGGAGUGUAAUACCCCAGGUGCAAAAGGAUGAUGGGUGGGGCUGUAGCUGGGGAAACAACCAACAGGUUUGGGGUUUAAGAUAAAGCCCAACAGUUGCCUUUCCUGCUACAACCCCACCCUUACACUGUCUGGCUGUGUGCAGGAUACUCCAGCUUCCACGCACUCGGAAUGUAGCCCAAGUGUCUGCUGCAGUGCUGACUUGCAUUCUGAAUAUCCCUCACUGCUUUUACCACCGGGGCAACUUAAUGUUUUGUCUGUGCUCUUGCUGCUCCGAAAAGUUCAAACCCUGGAGGGAGAAAGGGCCGGACAGCAAGCAGCUUUGCGCGAAAGGCGGCUGCAGAAGGACUUGGGGCGCCCUCGCUCGGUCCGGCUGGGAACGACUGGCUGCACAGAAACAGGAUCUCAGACCCAGCCCCCGCCCGUCUUCCCAACCAUUUCCAUAAUCAUGGCUUCUGACUCCACGGAGCAGCCUGCCGUGCAAACUUUCCCAGCUCGGUGUGGGCGGAAGGACGCCUGGUGAGGGCAGCAGGCAGCGCGGCGGGAUUUACAGCAGCCGCCCCCUCCCGUGCGGAGGAGUUACACGGCGUGGACUGGACAUCGCGGGCAGGGGUUAUUCGGCCCUUGUUUAAAUACUAGGCUGGGAACUUGCUGGUCUCUCUGCAGAUGUUUAACCCUUGCCCGGAAGAAGGAUCCAAGUCGCCUUUCAAAGAGGAUCCAGUGGUUGGCAGCAGCUCAGCGCGGGCUGGGCUUUAACUCUUGGAGGCUUUCUGGAUUGACUCUGCUGCUCCUCCUUUUGGGGAAACUCUUUGCCUGUAUCCCUCCCGGGGUCUUCCUUUGCAAUCCUGCCUGUGGUCUUGAGGCUGGGAUCUUCAAGCAAAGGUGAGCACUGGCACUCAUGCACUACGGCACCAUUCUGCUCCCCAGAAAAGGUGCUCGGGGCUUUUGAGCAAAAGCUGCAGUUUAAAAUCAUAAGUAUCCAGGUAGUGGGACUUGACUUUAGAAUAGCUGUCCUCUUGCUCAUGCCACUGCCCCAUGGCUGCCUCAAUGGCAGGAUCAUGAAGUGUUUGACUUUCUUUCUUCUGCUUCCAGAGACCUUAAAGAAGUCCAAAAAGAGCGUGAGGUCAAACGGCAAGGUGCCAGCAUGCUAUGAGAUAGUGCCCCUGUCCCUGAAGAAGAAGAUGGCUGCAGAGCUUUACCCUGCCAGCACUAACACCAAUAUUGCAAACAGUAAUAACGCUGCUGCUGCCACUGUCGCUGCUGCUGCCAAUAGCAAGAAAAACGCCCUUCAGCUUCAGCAGAGUGCCCAGCCGCCGCCACCACCGCAACUGCAAAACCUGAACAACAACAAUUUGGAGAGCUCCAACUGGCAGUCCUUCCACCCCACCCUGCGGGAGAGGAACGCAUUGAUGUUCAAUAACGAACUUAUGGCUGAUGUACAUUUUAUCGUAGGCCCCUUGGGGGCAUCAAAGAAAGUUCCUGCCCAUAAGUAUGUUUUGGCAGUUGGUAGCUCUGUCUUCUAUGCUAUGUUUUAUGGUGAUCUUGCAGAGGUCAGAUCUGAAAUCCAUAUACCAGAUGUGGAACCUGCAGCCUUUCUAAUCUUAUUAAAGUAUAUGUAUAGUGAUGAAAUUGACCUGGAAGCUGACACAGUGCUUGCUACUCUGUAUGCUGCCAAGAAGUAUAUCGUCCCAGCCUUAGCAAAGGCUUGCGUCAAUUUUCUGGAGACUAGUUUAGAGGCUAAAAAUGCUUGUGUUCUGCUGUCUCAGAGCAGACUCUUUGAGGAGCCAGAAUUGACGCAGCGCUGCUGGGAAGUAAUUGAUGCUCAAGCAGAAAUGGCAUUGAAGUCAGAAGGCUUCUGUGAAAUUGAUCAACAAACACUAGAGAUCAUUGUAACCAGGGAAGCACUAAACACUAAGGAGGUGGUAGUUUUUGAGGCUGUUCUUAAUUGGGCAGAGGCUGAAUGCAAAAGACAAGGGCUACCAAUUACACCAAGGAACAAGAGGAAUGUAUUAGGAAAAGCUUUAUAUUUGGUGCGGAUUCCAACUAUGACUUUGGAGGAGUUUGCCAAUGGAGCUGCUCAAUCUGACAUCCUUACCCUUGAGGAAACGCAUAAUAUAUUCUUAUGGUAUACAGCUGCAAAUAAACCCAAGCUAGAAUUUCCACUGACAAAAAGAAAAGGACUUGUACCUCAAAGAUGCCAUCGAUUUCAAUCCUCCGCAUAUCGUAGUAACCAAUGGAGGUACAGAGGUCGCUGUGACAGUAUCCAAUUUGCUGUAGAUAAAAGGAUAUUCAUAGCCGGACUAGGCUUGUAUGGAUCAAGCUGUGGUAAAGCUGAAUACAGCGUCAAAAUUGAACUUAAGCGUCUAGGAAUUGUUCUUGCUCAAAAUCUGACAAAGUUUACCUCUGAUGGAUCCAGUAAUACUUUCUCUGUGUGGUUUGAACACCCUGUGCAGGUUGAGCAAGACACAUUUUACAACGUAAGUGCCAUUCUUGAUGGCAAUGAACUUAGUUAUUUUGGGCAAGAGGGAAUGACUGAAGUACAAUGUGGAAAAGUAACAUUCCAAUUCCAGUGCUCCUCAGAUAGUACCAAUGGAACUGGAGUACAAGGAGGACAAAUACCUGAACUCAUUUUCUAUGCAUGAUGCAUUUCACUUUGAUUGUAUUCCAGUACUGCUAUUCACACUAAAGGAUGUUUUGAUUACUACAAACCUCUACAGCAGAGUGGAAUGUUACACUACUUACCUAUCUACUACAUCAGGCUAUCAAAAUAAGUGAAGGAAUGCUCUUGAAUUUAAUCUUAUUUUAUUUAUUCAUAAGAUAUGACUUAAUUAAAACUGCAACAUGCAGAAAAAUGUUAAAUUCUGCACGUAAUGUGCAUUUAUUUUGUAUAUAGAUAACUAACUUGCAGACUGCAGCUGACACAAGCAGGAUGUUCUAAACUAGAGCAGUUUAUGAAUCUGUGAAAUAUAAAACAUUUUUACUUGCCCUAAAACCUGUGUACUUGAUCAUUGCUGAUUUUAUGGCUAGUGUCCAUGUUAAUAUCUCUGUAGUACAGUUUAGUGGUGGGACUCCUACGAAAAUGAUAAACAGAACAUUCAGACUACUGUGUUUGUCUAUAAAAGGCAUAACUAUCAGCACAAAUAUAGAGAUAGCUUUGCAAGGUAACUAAAGCUCUCCACAAACAGGCAGACUAUACAGUUUCUUCCCUCCUCUGAGGUAAUGUAUAAGGAAGCACCGUUUUCUUAAACUUCCGUGACAAAGCAGAAAGGUUUGAGCGACUGUAAAGCUGAUUUAAAAACAUAUCCUAAGCUUUUAUUUGAAACCUUACAAGCUUUCAUUCCGAUUAAGUUCUCUACAGCUACUGCAUUUGCUCUUUGUGGAGUUAAGGAAGCUUUAGAUUAAACUGACAUCUGUCCCAUUUUCAAGUAAGUUGCAACAGAUUGGUCUAAUGUCUAGGCCCUUGUCUACACACAGUUAAAAACAAAUUUGUUAAAUUGGUACAGAAACUGUGUGUGGACUAGGAUAAUUAGAAACCAAUGUAUGAAGUAAGAACUUUGACUCAGUUUUAUAUAGAUUUGGUAAAAGUUACAGUACUAAGCCACAUUUAAAUGCAGCUUAAAUUUGUAGGGUUUUUAUAUAUCUA